AUGGUGAGACACUGGCAGAGGUUGCCCAGGGAAGUUGUGAUGCCCCCUCCCUGGAAGUCUUCUCGUAAGUGUGGACAUCUGUGUAAGUGUGAGAGCAUCAUGGUGGCAUUUAAAGGAGUGUGGACACAGCCCUUCUGGAAAGCUGUUUCGGCAGAAUUUUUGGCCAUGCUCAUUUUCGUCCUCCUCAGCCUUGGCUCCACGAUUAACUGGGGUGGAGCAGAGAACCCCCUGCCUGUAGACAUGGUCCUCAUCUCCCUCUGCUUUGGGCUCAGCAUUGCAACCAUGGUGCAGUGCUUUGGACACAUCAGCGGGGGCCACAUUAACCCUGCUGUGACCGUGGCCAUGGUCUGCACGAGGAAGAUCAGCCUCGCCAAGUCAGUCUUCUACAUUCUUGCCCAGUGCCUGGGAGCCAUCGUGGGCGCAGGCAUCCUUUACCUUGUCACACCACCAAGUGUGGUGGGAGGCCUGGGAGUCACUGCGGUACACAAGGAUCUUUCCGCUGGCCAUGGACUCCUGGUGGAAUUGAUAAUUACGUUCCAGCUGGUUUUUACUAUUUUUGCCAGCUGUGAUUCAAAACGAAGUGAUGUCACUGGUUCAGUAGCUUUAGCAAUUGGCUUUUCUGUUGCAAUUGGACAUUUAUUUGCUAUCAAUUACACCGGUGCCAGUAUGAACCCUGCUCGAUCAUUUGGACCUGCUGUCAUUAUGGGGAGAUGGGAAAACCAAUGGGUAUAUUGGGUGGGACCAAUAAUAGGAGCAGUCCUUGCUGGUGCUCUUUAUGAGUAUGUCUAUUGCCCAGACGUUGAACUCAAGCGCCGUUUUAAAGACGUCUUCAGCAAGGCUACCCAGCCUUCCAAAGGGAAGUACAUCGAGGUGGACGACAGCAGGAGCCACGUGGAGACCGAUGACCUGAUCCUGAAGCCUGGCAUAGUUCACGUGAUCGAUAUCGACAGGGGUGAGGACAAGAAGGGAAGAGAUCCAUCCAGCGAAGUGUUGUCUUCUGUAUGACUAGCAAGAAGCACUGAAAGCAGAGAGCAGCCUGUUAGCCUGUCCACAGAUAUCCUUCCACCCAUUAAAGAAACAGAUCUCCUCUAAACUGAGCAUCUACCAUUUUUUUACAGGUAUGGUGCCGGCAGCUGCAUGGUAGUGGUGUCACCAAACCAGAUGCCUGCUCAGUUGAAAUAUUAGGACUUUACUGUAAUUAGGAUUCCCUGUCUAGUAUUCCAAAUUAAGAGUUGCUCCUACUGUUCUCAUUUUCUUUUUUCUGGAACAAUCCCAAAGUCAAACAAAAGAGAUUAAAGCAUUCUCCUUUAAUAAAUCAAGCAAUAAUGAGAUGAAGAUAGAGAUGUUUAACAUUCAGAUUGACAGUUAAGACGUAUCAGGAAAUGCCUAUAGACAUGAAGACCUACUUAUCAGAUUGUUCUUCUGACACUUAAUUGGCUCUUGUCAGCUCCAAUUAGAACAUCUUAUCCAUUAGCCAUUCUCUGCAAAGUUCAGGGACAGCACCAACACUACCUAAGAGAUUUAUCCACAGUCAAGGGAAGGAACAUUGUAUCCACUCACAUACACCUUUACUGCCUUGCAAACUACUUGUGAAGAAAUGAUACUGUAAUACAUUUUUUAAAAAAUUAAUUCUAUCAACCCAUCCAAUUUGACUCCUGAUUUGCAGUAUAAAUCCUUCAUCUCUUCCUGGAAGUAAAUACGCUGAAGUUGAAUGUUGAAGUCGAUUGUAAUAAGGCUGCAAAGCACUUGACUGUACUUCAUGAUCCCUCUUGUCAUUGUCUAUCUGGUGAAACAUUCUCCUGGGGUUUGACUAUUGACUAUUUAGUGUUAGCAGACUUUCAAGGUCAUGCAAA